AUGAAUGAAUUCAAAGGUAUUUACAUACAUCCUGACCUCGUUCAUUUUGUUGCUGAAUGGUGCUCUGUAAAGUAUGCAUUUUAUGUCAAAGAUAUUAUGGACUCCAUAGACAAGAAAGUUCAUGAGAAGUUAGAUGAAGAAGAACUCGAAGAUACAGUAGAAAAUGCUAAACCUUUGUUUGAAGAAGAAGUUAGAAAAAUGUGCGAAAAACAAUUAGAACAUGAACGUGAGAUAUGUUAUGGUUAUAGAGAUUCUCCAUACGAACUAGACCAAUGGGAACAAGAAGAUUUAAAGAGAGAAUUUAGAGAAUAUGAACUCGCUAAGAUAGCAUUUGAAGCUGCAGAAAAGAAGUUAAAAGUUUGGGGUCGUUUUGUACAAAAAUAUUGUGAGUAA